AUGCUAAUUCGACAUCUCAUUCGGUUAAUAUAUCGGCGUGGUCGUAAUAAAUAUAUAUAUGUAGCUUUUAUUAUCUUGACUGUUAUAUAUUUUUCCCAUAAGACUGAUAAUAACUCGUUACCUUCAUUUGAAACUAUAGCCGAAAAACAAGAGAAAAAUGUGAAUGAAAAAAGAAUACGCAUUAACCGAGAAACAUAUACCAUACCUGAGCCAUGUGUUGGCUGUCCAGGAGAAAAUGGCCAAAGUGUAUCAUUAACAGCUAAAGAGUCACAAGGAUUAGAUGAAAUUAUGAAAAAGGAAUUUUUCAAUUUACGUGCAAGUGACAAAAUUUCAUUAUGGCGAUCAAUACCUGAUACUCGAGAUGGAUUAUGCAAAUCAGUCCCAUAUCCACUUAAUAUGCCGAGUGCAUCCGUUGUGAUUGUAUUUAAAAAUGAACGAUGGUCACCAGUACUUCGAACCGUUUAUUCAGUUUUGAAUCGUUCGCCGAAACAUUUAUUGAAAGAAGUUAUUUUAGUCGAUGAUCAAUCAGACAUCGAGGAAAUGGGUCAACGUUUAGAUGAUUAUUGUGAAGAACAUUUUGGAGAAUUAGUUCGUAUUUUACGAGCACCAACAAGACUUGGAUUGAUUAAAGCAAAAAAUUAUGGUGCAAGAAAUGCUACCGGUGAUGUUGUUAUUUUCCUUGAUGCUCAUUGUGAGGCAAAUACUGGCUGGUUAGAACCUCUUCUAUAUCGAAUUAGACAGAAACGUACAGCGAUUCUAUGUCCAAGUAUUGAUAUGAUUAGUGAACAAAAUAUGGGAUAUACUGGUACUGGUUAUGGAAGUGUUGGCGGUUUUUGGUGGUCAUUACAUUUUAACUGGGCACCUAUUUCUCAAAGAACAUUAAAUGCACAAAAAACACGAGUUGAUUCUUAUCCAUCACCAACUAUGGCUGGAGGUCUUUUGGCAGCAAAUAGAAAAUAUUUCUUUGAAAUUGGUGGUUAUGACGAUGAUAUGGAAGUUUGGGGAGGUGAGAAUUUAGAGCUCUCAUUUCGUGUAUGGAUGUGUGGUGGUAGUCUUGAAUUUGUACCAUGUUCUCGUGUUGGCCAUAUCUUUCGACCAGGUCAUCCAUAUAAUAUGACUGGAGAAAAAGGCAAAGGCGAUGUACACGGUCGAAAUUCAAUGCGUUUAGCUGAAGUUUGGAUGGAUGAUUAUAAACGUUUAUAUUAUCUUCAUCGACGUGAACUUUUAGGUAAAGAUUUCGGCGAUGUUGAAGAUCGUCGUGCUAUUCGUACUCGUCUAAACUGUCAUUCAUUCAAAUGGUAUCUUGACAAUGUAUUUCCAGAAAAAUUUAUAUUAGAUGAAAAUGUUCUUGCCUAUGGAGAACUAAGAAAUCCUACGGCACAAUUGUGCUUGGACACAUUAGGUAAAGAUGAAAAAGGAACCAUACCAGUAUCAGUUUUUCAAUGUCAAAAUGGUGCGUCAGCGAAUCAAUUUUAUUCACUGUCAAAAGAAAAUCAAUUACGCCGAGAAGAGACAUGUGCUGUUACUAUGGCGUCACAAUCACUUGUUAUGGGCAGUUGUCGUUUGGGUAACGAACAACAUUGGACACACGAACAAAAUGGAACCCUGGUUCAUCAUCCAAGUAAUCUCUGCCUUGACGUCGACGGAGUUGCACACACUGAAGAAGUUAAAUUGAAACCAUGUGAACCCAAUAAGCUAUCUCAACAAUGGUUAUUUGAGCAUUAUGCAAAAUAA